AGCCCGCUCAUGCUUGGUUUUGGCUGCAGCACUGAGCACUGGUGGGUUGAUGAGAGCUGCAGACUGGCUGUCCAGGGUGAGCUGACCUUCUCCUGCAGUGAUGACAUGCAUGCAUUGCCUGAGGGCUGAUGCUGCAACCAGUUUCUUGAGAGCUGCAAGAUCUGGGAACCUGGACAAAGCCUUGGAUCACCUCAGGAAUGGGGUAGAUAUUAACACCUGUAACCAGAAUGGGCUGAACGCCCUGCACCUGGCCUCCAAGGAGGGCCAUGUCAAAAUGGUGGUGGAGCUGCUGCACAAGGAGAUCGUCCUGGAGACCACGACCAAGAAGGGAAACACAGCCCUGCACAUCGCAGCCUUGGCUGGACAGCAGGACGUGGUCCGGGAGCUGGUGAACUAUGGGGCCAACGUCAAUGCACAGUCCCAGAAAGGCUUCACACCUCUCUACAUGGCAGCGCAGGAGAACCACCUGGAGGUUGUGAAGUUCUUGCUGGAAAAUGGAGCCAACCAGAAUGUAGCCACAGAGGAUGGCUUCACUCCCCUCGCUGUGGCUCUGCAGCAAGGGCAUGAGAACGUGGUUGCUCACCUCAUCAACUACGGCACGAAGGGCAAGGUGCGCCUGCCCGCCCUGCACAUCGCAGCCCGCAACGACGACACCCGCACGGCCGCGGUGCUGCUGCAGAACGACCCCAACGCUGACGUCCUCUCCAAGACUGGAUUCACCCCUUUGCACAUUGCAGCCCACUAUGAGAAUCUCAGCGUGGCCCAGCUGCUGCUGAACCGUGGGGCCAGUGUCAACUUCACACCCCAGAAUGGGAUCACUCCCCUGCACAUCGCUUCCCGCCGGGGCAACAUCAUCAUGGUGCGGCUGCUGCUGGACCGUGGGGCCCAGAUAGAGACCAGGACCAAGGACGAGCUGACCCCUCUCCACUGUGCAGCGCGCAAUGGACACGUGAGAAUUGCAGAGAUCCUCCUGGACCAUGGGGCUCCCAUCCAAGCCAAAACCAAGAAUGGCUUGUCGCCCAUCCACAUGGCAGCCCAGGGUGACCACCUGGACUGCGUGCGCCUGCUGCUGCAGUACAGCGCCGACAUCGACGACAUCACCCUGGACCACCUCACGCCCCUGCACGUGGCCGCUCACUGCGGGCACCACCGCGUGGCCAAGCUGCUGCUGGAGAAGGGGGCCAAGCCCAACUCCCGAGCCCUGAAUGGCUUCACGCCCCUCCAUAUUGCCUGCAAGAAAAACCACAUCCGAGUGAUGGAGCUGCUGCUGAAGACGGGUGCCUCCAUUGAUGCUGUCACAGAGUCUGGCCUGACCCCCCUGCAUGUGGCUGCCUUCAUGGGACACCUGCCCAUCGUCAAGACUCUGCUGCAGCGUGGAGCCUCUCCUAAUGUGUCCAACGUGAAAGUAGAGACUCCUCUACACAUGGCAGCCAGAGCUGGGCACACCGACGUGGCAAAGUACCUGCUGCAGAACAAAGCCAAAGCCAAUGCCAAGGCCAAGGAUGACCAGACUCCUCUGCACUGUGCUGCACGCAUCGGCCACACUGGCAUGGUCAAACUCCUUCUGGAGAACAACGCCAACCCCAACCUGGCCACCACAGCAGGGCACACGCCCCUGCACAUCACUGCCAGAGAGGGGCACAUGGACACAGCCCAGGCCCUGCUGGAGAAGGGAGCCUCACAGACCUGCAUGACCAAGAAAGGAUUUACCCCUCUCCACGUUGCAGCCAAGUAUGGAAAGGUGGAUGUGGCAGAGCUGCUGCUGGCACACGACGCUCAGCCCAAUGCGGCAGGGAAGAAUGGCCUGACUCCACUGCAUGUGGCUGUGCACCACAACAACCUGGAGAUUGUCAGGCUGCUGCUUCCCAAGGGCAGCUCCCCACACAACUCAGCCUGGAACGGGUACACCCCCCUGCACAUCGCUGCCAAGCAGAACCAGAUGGAAGUGGCCAGCAGCCUGCUGCAGUAUGGGGCCUCUGCAAAUGCUGAGUCCAUGCAGGGAGUCACUCCCCUGCACCUGGCUGCCCAGGAGGGGCACGCAGACAUGGUGGCACUGCUCCUCUCCAAACAAGCCAACGGCAACCUAGGCAACAAGAGUGGCCUGACUCCUCUCCACCUCGUGGCCCAAGAGGGGCAUGUGCAGGUUGCUGACGUUCUGGUGAAGCAUGGAGUCACAGUGGAUGCAGUGACCAGGAUGGGCUACACCCCGCUGCACGUGGCCAGCCAUUAUGGGAACAUCAAGCUGGUGAAGUUUUUGCUGCAGCACCAAGCACAUGUCAAUGCCAAGACUAAGCUGGGCUACACCCCCCUGCACCAGGCAGCGCAGCAGGGCCACACGGACGUGGUGACGCUGCUGCUGAAGCACGGCGCGUCCCCCAACGAGAUCAGCACGAAUGGCACCACUCCCCUGGCCAUCGCCAAGCGCCUCGGCUACAUCUCUGUCACAGACGUGCUCAAGAUUGUCACAGAGGAAACCGACAUCCCGUCUGUUGGUGACAAGCACCGCAUGAGCUUCCCAGAGACUGUAGACGAGAUUCUGGACGUGUCAGAGGAUGAAGGCACUGCUCAUGUCACAGUAAUGGAGGAAGAGCUGGUUGCAAAGCCCAAGACUCCUGAUCUCAGAGAGCAGGAAGGCAAAAGAGAGCUGCUGGAGUUCAUGACCACAACGACACUGGAGCAAACGGUGGAGUCUCCAGCUGUCCUGCAGGUCCCCUGCGUCCCACCUGAAACUGUGGUGACCAGAGCUGAGGAGACUGAGCAGGUAGGACCUGUGGAGACAGAAGCUGAGCAAGUCAGCCUGCUGCAUGCACCCUCGGUGUCCCCACAGGAGCCCUCCAAAGAGUUCGAUGAGGACUCUCUGAUCCCCAGCAGCCCAGCCACGGAGACCUCAGAUAACAUCAGCCCAGUGGCCAGCCCCGUGCACACAGGGUUCCUGGUGAGCUUCAUGGUGGAUGCUCGUGGUGGCUCCAUGCGGGGCAGCCGGCACCACGGGCUGCGCGUGGUCAUCCCGCCCCGCGCCUGCGCUGCGCCCACCCGCAUCACCUGCCGCCUGGUGAAGCCCCAGAAGCUGCCUGCACCCCCUCCCCUGGCUGAGGAGGAGGGUCUGGGCAGUCGGAUCAUUGCUCUGGGGCCUGCUGGUGCCCAGUUCCUCAGCCCUGUCAUCGUGGAGAUCCCACACUUUGCCUCCUAUGGGCGUGGAGACCGUGAGCUGGUGGUGCUGCGCAGCGAGAACGGCUCCGUGUGGAAGGAGCACCGCAACCGCUACGAGGAGAGCUACAUGGACCAGCUGCUCAACGGCAUGGACGAGGAGCUGGAGAGCCAGGAGGAGCUGGACAAGAAGCGGGUCUGCCGCAUCAUCACCACCGACUUCCCUCUCUACUUUGUGGUCAUGUCCCGGAUCUGCCAGGACUGUGACAUGAUCGGCCCUGAGGGAGGGUGUUUGAAAAGCACACUGGUGCCCAUGGUACAGGCCACCUUCCCAGACGCUGCUGUCACCAAGAGAGUGAGGCUGGCCCUGCAGGCACAGCCCGUGCCCGAUGAGUUGGUGACCAAGCUGCUGGGGAACCAAGCGACCUUCAGCCCCAUUGUCACCGUGGAGCCACGACGGAGGAAGUUCCACCGCCCCAUUGGCCUCCGGAUCCCGCUGCCACCGUCCUGGAAGGACAAUCCCCGAGACAGCGGUGAGGGUGACACCACCAGCCUUCGUCUGCUCUGCAGUGUGAUUGGAGGGACAGCCCAAGCCCAGUGGGAAGACAUAACUGGCACCACAAAGCUAGUCUACGAAAAUGAGUGUGCUAAUUUUACCACCAAUGUGUCUGCCAGGUUCUGGCUGGCCGACUGCCCACGCACAGCUGAGGCCGUGCACUUUGCCACCAUGCUGUACAAGGAGCUGACAGCCGUGCCCUACAUGGCCAAAUUCGUGGUGUUUGCCAAGAUGAACGACGCGCGGGAAGGCCGGCUGCGCUGCUACUGCAUGACUGAUGACAAGGUUGACAAGACUUUGGAGCAGCAUGAGAACUUCACUGAGGUGGCCCGCAGCAGGGACAUUGAGGUGGUAGAGGGAAUGCCUUUGCACGUGGAACUCUCAGGGAACCUGGUGCCUGUCAAGAAAGCUGCUCAGCCCCGCACCUUCCUCUUCCAGUCCUUCCGGGAGAAUCGUCUUGUCAUUCCCAUCAAGGUCAGGGACAGCAGCAGGGAAGCCAGUGGCUCCCUGUCCUUCUUGCGCAAGGCCAUGAAAUACGAGGACCUCCAGCACGUGCUCUGCCACCUGAACAUCAGCAUCCCACCCUGCAGCAAGGGAAGUGGCAGUGAUGAGCGGAGGAGGACACUGACCCCAUUGUCUCUGCGGGAGCGAUACAGCAUCCUAAGUGAGACCAGUUUUGGCUCCCUGAGCAGCACAGACAAGGCAGACCAGAAGAUGGUUGACAUAGCAGAGCAGCUGGGCCUCAGCUGGGCAGAGCUGGCGCGUGAGCUGCAGUUUGGCGUGGAUGACAUCAACAGGAUACGUGUGGAGAACCCCAACUCCCUCCUGGAGCAGAGCAUCGCCUUACUCAACCUCUGGGCCAGCCGUGAGGGCAAGAAUGUCAAGAUUGAGAACCUGUACACGGCGCUGAGGAACAUCGACCGCAGCGAGAUCGUCAACAUGCUGGAGGGCUCGGGCCGGCAGAGCCGCAGCCUCAAGGGGAGCUGGCGCUUCUCAGACAGAGACUACUCCCUCUCACCGUCCCAGAUGAAUGGUUACGCUUCACUGCAGGACGAGCUGCUGUCCCCUGCCUCCCUGCAUUACACACUGCCAUCCCCGCUGCGUGCCGACCAGUACUGGAAUGAGGUGGCCAUCAUGGAUGCUAUCCCCAUGGCUGCCACUGAGCAGGAUGCCCUGAUGGAGAUGUCCGACAUGCAGGUGUGGUCCUCGGGGCUCACCCCCUCGCUGGUGACUGCUGAGGACUCCUCUCUGGAGUGCAGCAAGGCUGAGGACUCGGAUGCCACGAGCGAAGGCCGCUUCCCAGGGCAGCUCCUAGCAGAUGCUCAUGGCCCAGACCACAUGGGCUCUAUGGACCUGGUUGAGGAUGACACAGUGGACUCAGAUGCCAUGAAUGGGCUGAUUGACCUUCUAGAGCAGGAGGAGGGGCAGAGGCCAGAGGGGAAGAUGCCAUCUGGUGAUCAUCAACCAGGGACUGGGGAGCAGGACCCGGAGAGUGAAGUCUCUUUUGUUUCAGUUCAGGAGAAGGUGCAAACCAGGAUCUUGACAUCACCUACCUUUAGCCAUGAUGUGGAGAAGAGUGCAGACAGGCUGAGGGACUGGAAUGCAGAAGGCUCCUUUAUCUCCUGCCUACAGGACCUGACAGCGGGCUCCUGGCAGGAGGGAGUCACCCGAAGGCUGCUCCCAACGCACACCACAGCCUCUGGGGCACAGGGCCAGCAGCAAGAGCAGGUCCUGGUGGCAGCCACGGAGCUGAUGAGGGUCAGCUCUGCAGAGGACAGCGACUGGCAGCCCCAGCACCCCACAGGCGGCUGGCAGGAGGAGCCCCACAGCCGCUUCUUUGGGCAGGGGAAUGAAGCCCUUCAUCUGCCUGGGGAGCAGGUGACCGAGGAGCAGUUCACAGACGAUCAAGGCAAUAUCAUCACCAAGAAGAUUAUCCGGAAGGUGGUGCGCCAGCUGGGCCCUGGUGACAUGGGUGACAGGCAGGAGCAGGAGGAGCUGAUCCUGGAGGGCUCCCUGCAGGAGCCCCAAGACCUGGAGGCUGAGGAUGAUCACUUCAUGAAAUACUCCAUCUUGCACCGGGAUGGUCUGGGUGCCAAGGAGGAGAUGCGAGUGCGCGUCCCGAAACCAGAGGUCUCUGGGGGCAGGAUGGGGGCUCAGAUAGUGAAACGAGCCAGCCUGAAAAGGGGGAAGCAGUGACCCCUCAAAUGGCCUCUUUUUUGAGGAUCACACCUCAACACCAAACCACUGAACUUCACCCACGUUCUGACACAUACCUGAGGAGAGAGGAGAGGAGAGCAGAGAGUGGAGGGGAGCAGGGCUGGCUGUACAUGUUUCUAUAGGCUAAUGGCAUGAUUCCUGUAUGAGAUAUACUUACCCUCCUAUCCGCAUGACUGACUGACUGCAAGACGCAUGAGCUACAGUACUUCAAACAGAUGAGGGGCCUCCAUCCUUGCCCCAGAGACAGCACCACACACCAGGGGCGUGCUCUCAGCUCCCUGGGGAGGCAAGAGCUGGAGCAGAAGAAAAGGAGAGGGAAGGAGAUUGCACCUCCAUGUGUAGAUGCAUCCCCAGGUGUGAGCUCCAGCUGCAGGAGGAAAGCUGGGACAGCAUGGCCCAGCUCAGCGUGGAAGGAGAGGUGCUUGGCCCCCCCUGCAAAUGCCUGUGCUGCCUCUGCUGGACUUGCUUCUCAUCCCUCCCUGUGAGUGUUGGGCUUUGGGGAGGGCAGCAGUGGCCGGAGGGUGCAAGGGGAGGCCGCAGGGAGCACGGCUGCCCUGGGCAGAGGGGCUGGUGCAGGGCUGCCCUUCCUCUCCCCAGCACGUGCAAAGUCUCCCAUCAGGGCAGAGCACUGAGCUCGUUGCUUCUGUUGAAAGUGUAAACUGUACAGCAAUCAGCCUUGUGUAUAUGAACCAAUAAAUACUAUGCAAACCCCUAGGGACACUCUAGCAGUAUGUACAAAGCACUGACAGCUCUGCUCUCAUAUACCUCUUCAGGCUGCAGGGUGGGCAAAGCCUUUGGAAUACGUGACCAGGAAGGCUGUGGGAGUGAGAGGGCAGCAGCCUGCCCCUGUCCUGUGCCCCUCUGCCUGAGCCUGGCCCCUUCCUGGCCUGAAGAGGGGGGGACUAGAGGUGCAGUCCCAGGCUCCAGCCCCAGUUUGUGCUGGCUCCAGCUGGGUUGAAGCUGUAGAGCUGCGCUGAGGUGCUCGGGGCCCAGGGAGGAUGUGCAGAGAGAGAGAGCAGGAGGUGCUUGUGCCACAACGUGGGGUUGUGCCUAGCUCUACUCAGCACAAUAUCUGCUCAGGAGAUGAGCCAGGAGCUAGCAAUAGCCAGCAGCUGUGCAAUAUGCACCCCAGGCAAGGGCUUUGCAGGGACCCUGGCCUCCCUGCAAGGGGGGUGAACAGCCCUGGAUACUGACUCUCCCGGGACCAAACCCAGAGCCACGGGAGCUGCUGCUGCCCCGGUGGCUGCAUUUUCUCCAGGUGGAAUCUGCCUGAGCCCUGGGCGCUGGGGCAGCCUCCAGGCUGCUCUAGCAGCAGGAGAGCUGUGCUGGGCAGAGCUGCCCAGGCAGCUCAGAGCUGGGCAGGACAUUGACCCUCUUGUAAUACUUGAGCCCAGGAGAGCAGGGAGAAGGUAGUGGCACUUGGUCCCAGGUCCCUGACCCUGUCCUUGACCCAGCUGAUGUGGGGACCUGGCCCUUUGUAGCACAGUGAUGUGGGGACCCCCUGCUCUUUCUCCUGGAAGUGGCCACGGCCCUGCUUUGCAGAGUCUGAGAUUGUUCUCUGUGGCCAGGUGCAGAACAAGCGCCCCUCCAGCUUCAGGCUCCGUGCUGGUGGCCUUGGCAGGGCAGCCCUGCCUUUCAGUGGGUGCACAUCUGCUGGGAGAGCCCCUGGCUGCCCUGAAAGCCUCGCUGCAGCGAAGCCACUGACCCAGCUUAGCCUCGGAGAGCAAAGCAGUCCCCUCCCCGCCCCAAAGCUGAGCCAUACAGGCACAGACUCUCCAUCCAUCACCCUUGCUGCGUACAAUAACCUCCCUAGACCCACUGCAACAGCUGACUCCGUAGCAUCACCCUAGAGUUGUGUGUGGGUCCAGUGCUUUGGCCUUGUGUAUGCCGUAGGGAAUGUGCUGUGCUGCAACCGUGCCAGGCACCUGCAGUGACAUUGCUUUGCGCUCAGAUUGCUUGUAGGGCUGGUAGGGGGAGGCUGCACCCGACAUUGAGCCUAGAGAAUGCUGCAGUCUGCACACUAGAAGCUUUUUAGAAGUUUUAAAGAUUACUUUUAUUUUCUUUUUUUAAUUGUUAUGGAAACAAGCCUUUUGGAUCUCCCUGUCUUAGGCCCCUGAUGUAUAGAUCAUUUCCCUGUACACCAGCUAUCAGAAUAUGAAUUAAUAAAUAAAUCAACACAAA